CACGAGCGCCAUCCGCACGACGCUGACGCUGUUGGGUGGUGGUAUAUAAGGGAGUGCCUAAUUUUGUCUUCACCUGCGUCCGUCAUCUCUCCUAUACUUGGGCGUCAUGACCGAGGCCGCUUUCCCUUUUACCAUUCGCAGGGUCUUGAACCCGACUGAAGAGGAGACGGUGGCUAUUAUUGAUGUCAUGACGGAGGCGUUCAAGACGGACCCCGGCUCCGUCCUCGGCUUCGGAAAAUACCUCGACCUGGUUAUCCGACCUCGCAACGAAUACGUCGUGCGCGCCGUCCUCAAGACCGGCGAAGUCUACGUCUGCGAAGACCCCAAGACGCACCGCAUCGCAGCGGUAGCGACCUGGCUCCCGCCGGGGAAGGAGGCGUACGAGACGGAAGCAGAGAGCCAGGCUGCCUGGGAUGCGAUCAAGGUAUUCUUCCCUGAGAAGGAGCAGAGGUGGCUUGAGGAGUACGCCGCGGGCACGCACCAACUGGUCGUCGAUUCCAUAGGACCAAACGCAGAGCGCGACGAGUGGUACUUGCAGCGCAUCGGCGUACAUCCGGAUUAUCGCGCGCAGGGCAUAGCGAGCCGAAUGAUCAGGGAGCAGCUCAAGAAGACCGACCCGCACUCCGUCGCCCUGCAAUGCACAGAGAAUAUGGUCGAAACUUAUAAGCGCUUCGGCUGGGAGAUCAAGGGGAAGCAAUCGUAUACCACUCUCGGCGGAGACAUAACUCUGUAUGUUAUGCUUCGUCCGUCAUCGAAAAUACAGCCGUCAUGACCCUCCAAAUCAAUUCAUUCACCGCUACGUUUGCCAUAUAUUGGCAUGUUGUCACCAACCUUGGCACAGUCCUGCCCGCAGUGCACAGUGAUUUGGGCUCGCCUCGUCUGCUUUAGUGGCGGCAACGAAUACCUCGCUCGACCGUUGCCCUUCAC